AUGGUCACUCCCAUAAACUUCUUAUUCUCUAGUUUUAUUCUCUUCAAUUCUGAAUCAUAUAUCUUAAUGCCCCCAAAACUAAGCUUAUUCAUCAAGACACUCGGAGCUAGCCAUGUGGCCUAUUCUAGCAACGACGAGAUCCGUGCAAACGCCGACUACAUCCAAGGCUUCUCAGGCGAUGUCACCAGAAUUUUAUACCACGAGGUGGUGCACUCAUGGCAGUGGAUCGGAAAUGGGCAGGCCCCGUUGGGUUUGAUCGAGGGCAUCGCGGAUUUUGUGAGGAUGAAGUUGGGAAACAAGUGGGAUGACAGUUACUAUAUUACGGCAUGGUUUUUGGAUUACUAUAACGGAUUGAGAAAUGGGUUUGUGGCAAAACUUACCAAGAAGAUGGGGACUGAGUAUAGUGAUGACUUCUUUGAUCAGCUCUAG